UCCGAGGUGACCCGGAGUCCGUGCAUACAUGGUAUCCAAGACUUCUUACAUCUCCUUCAAAGCUAACAUAGGAAGUAUGCUGCCCUGGUCCAAGCAUGCCAACGCCAAAGUUGUCACAGCAGACAAGAAGCGGCGCUGCCACAGCUCCAAGGACAUCUUCAGCGUGAUGGUGACUCCCGACCGGAUCCCCAAGUUCUUCAUCCCGCCUUUGGACAUCCCCCUUCCGCGGGAGCAGGGUCAGAGAGCUCAGAGAGGCGCCUCCUCACCAGACCUGCUGCUCUCGGGCCGGUUGCAAGCCCCGGAAAGGCCCAGCUCCGAGAGGAGCUGCUCCGAGCCCAACGUGGCGAGGGAGCGGCUUCAGAAGAGGCCGAGCUGCGGGGGCCAGGCUGCUGGGGACCACUCCGACCCCCCGACCCGAGCUGCCAUGUCCCUGCCCCAUCUGCAGAAAAUCACCACCCCUUACGGCUUCCCUGCCCUCGGAGAGGUGCCGCACAUUAAGAGGAAGGAGUCACUUUUCUUUGAAGGCGACCUGGCGGAGGUGAGGGGCGGCAGGGGGAGGAGCGCGGUGCUGGGGAGGAGAAGCUGUGUCCGGGUCAGCGGCCUCGCUGGGUGGGAAGAGCAGAGAGCCAGCAGCAGCAGCGGCAGCGGCUCGGGCUGUUGGGGACCCACCGCCGAGCGCAGCCCCCAGAGCAGCUCCUACCCCAGCUUCAUGAAAGACAAGAGCAAGUUCCAGCUCCUCAUCAGGAAACACCUCAACAGCAUCAAGCGCCUGAAGUCCACUCGGGCCGCUUGGCGGGCCGCCCUCUGAGCAGCCCCAGCUCCCGGAGUUGACAGAUCAGAGACUCCUCGAUUCCGCCGAGCCAUUAUGUUUCACCAUCAUCAUCACCAUCGCCAUUAGCCCAUCGGGCAGGCCAUCGGCAACACGGGCGGCUGGACUCCCAUCCCCGGCUUCUCUCAGGUUGCUUGUGAAGUCGUUGCUCUCCGUUUGGAUUGGAGCAAGUUGUUUUUUUUUACCGGCUGCCUUCGGGAUACCGCAAUGCUAAUCGCCCUGUGCUAAAACAAAUGGCCAUGUCCGAACAGAGCACUUUGCAAAUACAAGGUGCUGCACUGUAUUCGUGUCCGUUCUUGUAGCAUGAGGAUUUAGAUUGGUGUGAACUGUAUCAGUAUUAAAGUGUACUCGAUUUACUUGCAAACAAUAAAGCAUUGUUCGAUACUG